AUGUACAGCCUGGACACCAGCUUGACCAAAGCAGGUGGCACAUUUGCCUGGUCGAAGGCAUUGAAAGAUAAGCUUGAGGAGCUUCGUAAGACUCAGUGGAUAGAUUUGCUGCAGCAGCAGGUGGAUAGUUUGUUUCCUCCGUUGGGAGAGAAUAUUGCUUCGGACAGACGUGACGGCACUUCCAAGCGCUUGGUGGAUGUGGUAAGCCGAAUGCUGGAGACAUUUGGAGAUCCAUAUGCGCAGUACUACCCUCCAGAGGAGUGGAGUGAAAUCAACGAUGUGGCCGCUGGCCGUGACGUGGUUGGCAUCGGAGUAGCCUUUGCGCAAGACACGGCUCGAGGUCGAGGUGCCGCCCCUGAGGUGGUUUCAGUGGUGCCAAAGAGCCCCGCUGCGGAGAAAGGCGUUCGAGUCAGCGAUCGUCUCGUGGAGGUCGAUGGAAAGCGCGUCCGGACGCCUUCGGAUGCAGCUCGUUGGAUCCCGGGACUGCCUGGGACAAUCGCCAAUGUGAAGUUCCAGCGCUCAAUGCCUUGGGCACCUCCGGUAGAAUAUGCGGUUGGAGUGCAGCGGCAGGGAAUGCGUGUAGAUGCAGUUGAAUUCCAGCAGCUCUCCGAUGUGGCGGGUUGCAUCCACAUCAUCAGCUUCAAUGGGCCAGAUGUGAUUGCCCCAGUGCAGCGUGCUUUGCAGCAGAUGGAAAGGUUGGGACUGUUCGUUUUGGUGGUGGACCUGAGGGAGAACUGUGGCGGCCGCCUGCGGGAUGCUCUUAAGAUAGCAGAAAUGCUUCGCGCUGCUGCUUUUCUCAAGGCGCUGAUUUUAACCAAAUGCAUCCAUUCAGUGACUCACUGCAGCACUUGCACCUCCCCGAAAUGA